AUGACCUAUGAUGCGAAUGAGUAUGAUCUAGCAUUAACAUAUUACAAGAAAGCAUUGGAUAUUGAUCAAAAUACAUUGAAUCUCAACCAAAGUGGUAUUGCUGUUGAUUACAAUAGUAUUGGAUUAGUGUACAAGAAGCAAAAACGUUAUCGAGAAGCUUUGGAAAUGUAUGAAAAAAGUCUCGAAAUUCGAUUGAAAAUAUUUCCAUAUAAUCAUUCAUCAAUAUCAACAUCGUACAACAAUAUUGCGAUGAUUUACAGUGCACAAAGGAAUUAUACGAAAGCCAUUGAACAUUUACAAAAAACACUGGAAAUCCAAUUGAAUUCAUUGCCACCACACCAUCCAUCACUAGCUAUAACAUACCAAAAUUUAUCGAUGGCCUAUGAUCGGCGACAUCAGAUGAAACAAGCAUUAGAUUAUAUGAAAAAAGCACAUCAAAUCGAUGUGAAAACCUUGCCAACUGAUGAUCCGAAACUUGUACAAGAUGAAGAAUGGAUUACUGAAGUAGAAAAACGUCUUCUAGAAAUGGAAUCUUGA